AGCAGCAGCAGCAGUGGCGAUUAAGCUACGUUGGAUCCUGGUGGACGCUCCUCUGAAUUCGCAGGUGAAAACUGCACAUUAACCAUGGUAAUAGAAGCCGCAAUCGUACUGAUCGGGUGGUUCGUCGUGCCGGUCGUUAAUGAGCUGAUCCAGGCGGCGCGCGAGUACGCAGGCAAGAAGUUAUCGUCGCCGGGCAAGGAGCUGAAAGAACUGGAGGAAGGUCUUGCUGAGAUCAAUAGCAUGGUGGGUGUAGAAGCAGAAAGGAAGUCAAUCCGAAGAGACCGCAAGGUCGUCAUGGAGAGUCUGCUGCGGCUCAAAGGCGCCGCUCAGGCCGCCGAGAGUAUCUUGGGCGAUCGCCGCACCACCGGGAAAGCCAUGGAAUUCUCCGUGGACUACUUGAGCAAGAGUCUGGACCGGGAGACGGAACUCCGCCCCCAAGGCCUGGAGAGUAUUCCUCUUCUCGUUGAUUCGUUCCUCGAGAAAAUGGAAGCUAUUCUGCGGAAGGAAAACGUAGAAGCUACCGAUCCAAGGCAGCAGACUCUGCGGAAACUGACAGGAUCAGCUACAUCUCUCCGGAAGCCUGUUUCGAGCAAACCAGAGGACGAGCCUGUUUCGAGCAAGCCAUUGGAGCAGCCUCGAGAGGGAAGGUCUCUCCGCAAGCCAGUUUUGAGCAAGCCAUUGGAGCAACCUAAUGAGGGAAAGUCUCUUCGCAAGCCUGUCUUAAGCAUGCCAUUGGAGCAGCCUCGAGAGGGAAGGUCUCUCCGCAAGCCAGUUUUGAGCAAGCCAUUGGAGCGACCUAAUGAGGGAAAGUCUCUUCGCAAGCCUGCCUUAAGCAUGCCAGUGGAGCAGCCUCUCCAGGGAAAGUCUCUCCGUAGGCCAGUUUUAAGCAUGCCAGUGGAGCAGGCUCUGGAGGAAAAGUCUAUCCGCAAGUCAGCUUUAAGCAUGCCAUUGGAACCUAUCCGCAAGCUUGUUUUAAGCAUGCCAGUGGAGCAGGCUCUGGAAGGAAAGUCUAUCCGCAAGCCAGCUUUAAGCAUGCCAUUGGAGCCUCCAGAGGUGAAGUCUCUCCGCAAACCUGGUUUGAGCAAGCUAGCGGAGGGGAGGUCUCUGUCAGCGGAGGGGCCUCCAGAGGGGAAGUCUCUCCGCAGGCAUUCGAAUUGACCCAGGUUCACCACGACACUAAGUUUA